UCCUCAUCGCUGGACUAUUCUCAUCCUUGUGGUCCGCUGCUCUAGUGCCCCCGUCAAUCACAAUCUCAGAGCAGCUCGCUUGUUUGCUUGCUUACUUGCUUGCUUGCCUUUCAUCGCUCCGUUUCCCUACUCAGCUUCAGCGCUCCGUCUCUUCUCCGCUUGACGCGCCAAUCGUGGUGGUGUAGGAUUGGUAGGGGAUUUUAUGAUAGGGAUGAGUCGCGUCAAUGAAUCGCUUGUGCGUAUGGAUUUAGUGGAACCUUCAAGCUAUAAGAUCGCUAUGGUUGGGAUAUAGUUAGGACUUGUGUCGACCGGGUGGUUUAGUGGGAAGCUAUACAGCGGCGGUUUGUGAUAUAUUCAGGUGUAGAAUUCCAUUUUUUGGAAGGAAGGCUCGGAAAUGGGAUUACGGAGCUGAUGAGCUCCCGGGAAGGGUAGACCAGGAGUUGGUGUGCAAGCAUUGCGUGUGGAUGUUGGCUAGUCGACGAGACAUCGGCUCCUUCAUUAGUUGGUGUGCAGGUGUUUUAUCAACUGAUGCUUUCGUGAUGGUUUUGAGGAAUGGUUUUCGGCUGUUGAAACAGAAAUGGGCGUAGAUUUAGACGGGAAAUUUGAGACAGCAGCUUAUGUUCAAGAAUGAAGAGUUGUGAAGCGCAGGGUUUGAAGAAAAUUUAACUUUCAGGCUCGCAUGGGUUUCCCGUUGCGAUACCAAUAUUUCGGCAACACUGUUUGCUUAGAGUUUAAUCUUGAGUGUCAAUGAAAACGAUCUAUUUGCAAAAACGUGAUUGCAUCUGUUCAUUUCGACGUGGAGCUUGUUCCGCGACGGUUGUGGAAAGACGGGAUGGAUUCAAUAAUCUGUCAGCGACUGAUGUCAGUAUGAACACGAGAAAACUAUUAGUCGUGACUUCCCUGCACAUGACCUCGAGAAACUUUGAAUGUUGAGGGGCUUGAGAAUGUGGAAAAAGUUAUCAUUGAUGCAGUCGACGAUCCUUGCAACUGGAUUCUGAAAACGCUCGGCUGUGUUGUAUCGUCCAUCUGGAUUUUGCAAGAAUGCAGGAAGGUGCCAGUUUUUUCAUCUAGCUCCAUUUUAGGACCACUAUCUUGUCGCCGAAUUCGAAGGACUGGUGUGACUUGAUUGGUCGCCAGAAGGGGAUACGUCACUACGAAAUUCAAUUUGGAGCGUUUCUGUUGUAGUGGUGGUACAAGUUGAGAGAAAAUGGGAAUGGAUUGGACGGACAAAAAGGGAAUGCAUUGGACGGAUAGAUUGGAAGCUAUAAAAUUGUACAUUUUCGAUUUGGAAGGAAAUGUCAUAGCUCGCGAUGUGCUGCAGCGAGUGCCCAAUGGUUUUACUCUAAGAGAAGCAAUUGAACGAACCCGUAGUGCGGAUCCAGCCGUACAGGAGUCAGCGUUGUGGCUUGUUGCUGGAGUGCUUUUUAAGGCCAUAGAAGGAUUGCAGGCUCAGCAAGUGCAUUCGCGUAUGCGAAACGCCCCCACAAAUGCUGCAAAUGUCGAUGUGGAUUGGCAAGCAUUAUGGACGUUUGCGAUUGGCCCAGAGUUAGAGCUUGCCUCGGCGCUCAGAUUAGCUUUGGACAGCACUGAUACAUCUGUGAUAGCAGCCUGCUCGAAAGCUUUGCAUGCAUUGUUAAGUUGUACUGCAAAUGAGACGAUUUUUAACAUUCAAGAGGGUGUAUGGCCUGGAAACAAAUCCGUAUUCACAGCACCCGUUUUCCGUAGGAAAAUAAACCAAGAAGAUGGGCUUAUGGGAGGUGGACGAUGGAAAUACCACGUCAACGCAAUUGACCUGUAUCCUCCAUAUUAUACAGAAAACUCACUCAGUGAUACUGAAGAGGACAAGGAUUUAAUUGGAGAUGAGGCAACAGUUACAAGCAAAGAUGUCACUGCGGGUCUUCUUCGAAUGGGACUUCUGUCUAGGAUUCAGUACAUUCUUGAGGUAGAGAGAUUAAGCUCUGCGGACGAGCAUCUAUUAUAUGUGGUCAUAGCAGUGUCACGUCACUCUCCAGCGGCUGCCAAAGCUGUAAUGAAAUGUCCCAGAUUGAUGGACUCGAUUAUACAAAGAUUCUUGCUAACUGAUGAAGAUUUGAACAGUGGACUUCGUCCUGCUCAUACCAACGCUAUUCGACUUCUCAAAAUUUUAUCUCAAUCGAGUACAGCCAAUUGCAUACGAUUUGCAGAAACAGGAGCGCUUCAAGUGGCGCAAUGCGAGCUUUACAAACAAGGGUUCCCUCUUCCUUCAGAUCCUAGACUUGGUGAAGAUUCCUUUAAAGCCGUUUGUUCAACAAUUGUGGAAUGUCUUCGCCUGUGGCGUGUCUGCGUCAAUCAACAGAUCGGUAUCGCUCUUUUCCCCGAUAUUUAUCCAGCCCUUCGUUGCUGGCUUAAGCCACCUCCCUUGAAGGAAAUAUCGCCGAAGAACUCCGAUGAUAUACUGGUUUUGGCUCAAGAGUCCUACUCUCUUCUUGAAAGGCUUGCCUGGACUCUUCCCAUUCUACACACCCCAGGCUCCAUGCACGUAAAUUGGGCAUGGAACGUAGCUGUUCCAUUGGUUGAGACAGCGUUGGAUUGGUUGAGCAAGGAUCGUAUUGCAGCCGUGAACAAAGAGCUGGCGAGUUUGGCUUCUAGAGUGAACAUGGAAGCUCAGAAUCCUGCCCAUACUUCCCUCAUGAAGUUGGUGGGGACAGUAGGAUCGAUUCUUCAUUUCCUUGCCACAGUCUGUGAGAUGUUCAGUGAGUCCAGUUCGGAAGAAGGCCGGACAACCGGUCUUAACAACCAGUCUCUUCACCCAGUCAUUCAUAAGCUUGCCAUCGCUUUGGUAUCGAAUGGUUUUCUCACAUACAGGAAUGGGAAGCAGGGUGAUCCAGAAUCUACACGUUCUCUGUUACAAACCCUGGAAUUGCUUUGGGUUGAAGCAAAUGAAGAAACUGCAGUGACUAUCACAAGUUGCAUGCAUGGAAUAGUGCGGCUGCUUAGUGUCACUGACCAACUGUACCAACAAUUGGAACAGAAGACGAACGAAGUUAUAUUUGAGGGUUCUUCAAUACAACAAACUCUAUCCAGAGGGCUAAUAUCAGCAGCUGACGGAGAGUUGAGGGACCUUCUCGAUAUUGUCGGGAAGGAGCUUAUUGCAAGGAGAUAUCUCAUGGUGUCACUUGAAUCUUGCGAAAAAUCUGGGCCUGCUCCUGGUUUAGGCUUGGGUUGGGGGCAAGUGGGAGGCGGAGUGUGGUCAAAACGUGGUCUUCAUGUUAAAGGAAUUGCCAGACUCGUGACAGAGUUACUUGAAGUUUUACCUCUAAGCCCAGCUGGUGGCAACGCUUUAGCUAAUGAGGUUCUUCUGUGGAGAAUGAAUUGUUGUUUGUGCGCUGCAGCUGUUGCUGGUCCUGGAGAUGGUGAUAUCAUUCAACGGAUUUGUUCAAAUGUGAUGUUGCAUCCUAGCACAUUGGCAACACUGCUCCAAAGUUUGGAUGCCACGUUGAAACCAGACAAAACUGAAGUUCAAAAGGCGGAUACAGUCAAUGUUUAUGAGGAUAUAUCCAAGAUAUUAUUAGAGCAUUACAGGAAGGUUUGGUUAUGUGGAAAACCCGACAAAUCUUCUCGUGGGAGAGGGAGCAAGAAUGGCAAGCCUAUGAAGCUGAAGACUAGCCUCAUAUCUUCGAAAUUGUCAAAUUUAAGUGAAGAAAGUGCCAAGUUAGCUGCAGAAAAAAGUCGCAAUGAGAGCCUUGCAAAUGAUGUGGUUGCUGAAUGGGCAAAUCAAAGACUACCGCUGCCGCCCCACUGGAUUUUUAGUCCCAUGGCCAUUAAUCUAGGUGGAUUGAAUGACGAAACUCGAGGAAAUGCUCCAGAGUGUACAAUACUUGAGAACGGCAAGUUUAUUAUCAGUCAAGAUGAGCAGAUCGGGAUGGAAGACGCAAUUAAGUGUGGAGUCGUGUGGCUGUUAGGAUUGGAAAUCUUGAGUCAAUCGGUACAGUUGCAAAGUGAGGAGCACGCGUUGAGAGCCAUCCCAAUUGUACGGAAAGUUCACGCAUUAUCUGGCCUCUUUGUGCUCGGAGAUGACAUGUUUCUCAACGAGUAUCUGAAAGACUGUGUCAGCUGUAUGCAGCGGUUGUAUGGAAGAUUCCUUGAUGCCAGUGGCCCACAGGCCUCAAAUGAUCCUAGGCAGAUACUGGACUUUGAAGGUGUAAUUGAUGAGGACUAUCGUGAUUUCAUUGAGAUUCUAGUGAACAAGUUUUCCUCUGCAUCUUCUACAAAUGCAAGAUUUGGUCGUCAAGUGGCACUGUACUUGAGACAGGAUAUUUCUGCCUCCUUACGGUUGCUGACAUGGCUAGCUCUAGCUGCCUCUCAGUCCUUGAAGCUUCUACCUCCGCUCUCAGAGUGUGGCACGAAUCCUCGUAGAUAUCUUUUUCCUUUUGAGAAAAAUCCGCAAGUAAUAGAAGCAUUUGCGUAUGCAUGGACAUCAGGUGCACUUGAUGUUGCAGAUACUGAGAAUUGUAUGGCACACGCACAAUCUCUACAUCAUCUUGCAGCUUUUAUAUUCCAGGAAGGGAUGGAAUCACAGGAUCAUAUGUUGAGUAAGACGGCUAAGGCUCUUUUCGCGACCCAGAGACUAGAGGAGCAGGACUUCAUGAAGAAGAUGGUGGAAUACCCACUAACAUUUCCAGCAGAACCGAUUUGCUCAGAAGAAUUGGAAAGACGUCUCAACAUCAUUCAAAAUGUAUGCGGUAGUGACAACACCAUAGUGAAUAAUGUGACGCGGUUACGUGGUAUCCUGGUUGGAAGCGUCCUCAGAUGACAGAGGAUUUUAUUCGUGUCAAGUAUAAAAACGUUGAUGUUGAAUUUUGGGAUAACCGAGUCUUCGUUAAUGCAAUCAGUGUACAAACUGCUUUGAUUCUAAUACUGAACACCAUUUUUUUUUUU